UGCAGCUGAAAAGAACGCACGCGUAGUACUUCACUUCCGGUUUCCAGAAAAUACCGUGCAUGGUUCGAAUAUAGGCAUUUUAGGAACAAAGAUUGUUUAGUUUGCACGCUUUCUACAACAUGGCUGGUCUUGAGGAGUUGCAAGCAGACCUACAGGAGAUAGAAAGACUACUGGAACAGUCAACAAGAGACAGAGUGAAGAAAGCCCUGACGUUAGAGAAGGGAAGAAUACAGACAGAGAUCACAGACAGCAGCGAGACAGCUGUUUCGUCGGCUCAGAACGGUGUGGAAGAACCAGAACCGUCCCCGGAUGACGCAAAAAAAGAACAAGAACCGUCUCCGGAUGACGCAAAACAGACCGUGAAGCGUAGGGCGCCGCCGCCACCUGGGCAGGCUACAAAGCACAAGACUAAAAUCACAUCAUAUGGUUGGGACCAGUCUGACAAGUUUGUGAAAAUCUACAUCUCCCUGAACGGUGUCCAGGCACUUCCCAAGGACAACAUCGAGGUCAACUUUGGAGAAAAAAUGGUAGAUUUCUUGGUGAAAGAUCUGGGUGGAAAGAAUCACAACCUUCUUAUCAACACAUUGUUGCUUCCCAUCACAUCGGUCUCAUACAAGGUAAAAAGGGACAUGGUGACCCUACUCCUGAGAAAAAAGGAGACACAAAACUGGGAGUGUCUCACUAGUGUGGAAAAGAAAUCCAAGGACAAGAAGUCUCCGAAGAUGAACAGCUCAGGUGAUCCCGGAGACUCCAUUAUGACAAUGAUGAGGCAGAUGUAUGAGGAUGGAGAUGAUGAGAUGAAGAGAACGAUCGCCAAGGCCUGGACCGAGUCACGUGACAAGCAGCAGGCUGGGAUGGGGGGUAUGGGUGGCAUGGGGGGUAUGGGUGGAAUGGGGGGUAUGGCAGGGAUGGGGGGUAUGGCAGGGAUGGGUGGUAUGGGGGGCCUGGGGGGUAUGGGGGGACUUGGAGACAUGCCAUAA